AUGCCUAGCGCUCGCGCCACAGACGCCGGCGCGAAAUGGGGAUGGGUCAUGAUUCUUGCUGAAAACCUGCCCCUAAUGCCGAAUUACAUUACACGUGAAAUAAAAUUAUUAUCAGAUGCUGGCAAAUCAACUACAUCAACUUUACCGCAGCAAUCCACAUCUACCGCAGCACCAACAACAACCACUCCUCUUCCUAUGACAUCGUAUGCUCUGACGAACGAUAAAACAGUCGUCGAUGGCAAGCUCUUACUUCAAAGAAGCGUGGCUUUGAGCAGUGAAGUACAGAGGUAA